GAGACCAGGGACAGCAGGAUUCACAGCACUCGACAGCCAACAUGAGCACAGCGGGCAAAGUUAUCAAAUGUAAGGCAGCAGUUUUGUGGGAACUGAAUAAACCAUUUUCCAUCGAGGAAGUGGAGGUUGCCCCACCAAAAGCACAAGAAGUUCGCAUAAAGAUCUUGGCCACGGGGAUUUGUCGCUCCGAUGACCAUGGGAUAAGUGGGGCGCUGGUGACGCCUUUACCCGUAAUCCUGGGGCAUGAGGCAGCUGGUAUUGUGGAGAGUGUUGGGGAAGGAGUAACCUCUGUGCAGCCAGGAGACAAGGUUAUUCCGCUCUUUGCUCCACAGUGUGGGGAGUGCAGCUCUUGCAUAAACUCCAAGGGCAAUCUGUGCUGUAAAAGCAAUUUUGGUGCACCUUCUGGAUUAAUGGCUGAUGGCACCACAAGGUUUACCUGUAAAGGGAAAGUGAUUCACCAUUUUUUGGGUACAAGUACCUUCACCGAAUACACAGUAGUGCACGAAACGGCCAUGGCCAAAAUUCCUGCUUGCUGCGGCCCUUUCUGGCACCCUCCAGGCCCUGUGAAGGACUGA